UACACAGAGUGAAUUUUGCGCUUGUGUGUUAGACACGUCAGAUUUGAGCCAAGUACCUGGCAGGCCUAUAAUUUUUAUUCGCGGAUCAAGGUCUGUUAUCCAACACGAUGAGCAGAUUUGGUGGUUACAGUUGGAAGCACAAGCCUCCCGAUCCUGAUUCCAAAGUAGCAACCAGACAUAAAAAUUGGAGUGACAUGAUUCUUCAACAUAAAGCAUUAGUCAUUGAUAAAUGUAAGGUUGCUACAGAGCAUAAUGUUCCAUGUGUGGAUCUGGCUGCCCAUUAUACUGAACCAGUGAUCAUUCAGAGGAGCAAAGACCAGACUGAGAAAUACUAUUGUGAACAUGUGAGGUCUAUGGAUGCUUCAUCUCAUCUGUUAUCAAAUGACAAGAAUCAAAGCAUCAGAAUAGACCAGCUGUUCAGUCCUGACUGUGAUGGAAACACACCGAAAACUGUGAUUCUCAGUGGUGAUUCUGGAAGAGGGAAAUCCUUAACGCUACAGAAGAUCAUGUUGGACUGGGCAUCUGGAGAACUUUACUCUAAAAACUUUGAUGUAAUGUUUCUGUUUAAGUGUGAAGAGCUGAAGUGUAUUUCUGAGCAUAUGAGCUUAUUUGAGCUUUUGAGCUGGAGUUGCAGUUUAACAUUGGAUCAGAUCUCACAGAUACUGGAGUUAACACCAGAGAAAGUCCUCUUCCUCAUUGAUGGAAUUGAUGAGUAUGUAUUUCAUCCCCCCAGUCAUUCGAUGUUACUACUCACUAAUCCAUCCGAUAGAGCCCGACUUAUGGACAUUCUUAGGAGUGUGUUAAAGGGAAUCUUACUGCCUGAGUCAUUCAUGCUUGUCACCACAAGAUCUGUAGCUGCUGAUACAGUGAUGAAUCUCCUCAAGGGUCCUCAGCGUUUCACUGAGAUUAUGGGCUUCUCUGAGAGAGGGGUGCAGGAGUACUUCCAGAAGUUCUUUCAAGAUGAGCGGCUCUUCAGGAAAACAUAUGAGAGUCUGAAAGCAAAUGAAAGCCUCCUGACUGCCUGCUCUGUGCCUUUGCUGUGUUGGAUGGUCUGUUUUUGUCUGAAGAAACACUUCACAGAUGAUGAUCAUGUGAUGAGAGAACUAAAGACAACCACCUCCAUAUAUGUGCACUUUGUGUCCACUCUACUGGAGCAUCAUGACCAGAGUCAGUCUGUCCUCACCAUGCUGAGGAGUCUGGGUCAGCGGGCAGAGGAAGGGUUGAAGAAGAGAGAAGGUCUUUUUGUACAGAAGAGUGUGACUGUGACUGGCUUAGAUCCUGCUACUAGUGUGUUCUUGUAUAAAGAUAGUUUGAAAAGAAAUAACAGACAGGUGCCAGUGUUCAAGUUUAUGCAUCCCAGCUUUCAGGAGUUCUUCACAGGUCUUUUUUAUGUUUUACUGGAUAAAGAACAGUCCUGGGGGAAAGUCACAGAGCUGCUGAACUCCCUGAAAAUGAAGGGUAUAAUCAAUAGGCCUUCUCCAGAAAGAAGAUCAAAUCCCAUCCCUUCAGUCAUGAUGUUUCUCUGUGGUCUCUUAAAUGAGAAGGCAAGCAGCUCACUCUUUGAAAUGAUCGAGUGGACUGUUCCUCAAAUCAUAAAACUGAAGAUAAACCUGCAGGAAAGUGUUCUUACAGUGAGAAGACAGCAUGGAUGUGAACUGUUUGCUCUGCGCUGUCUCUAUGAGCUCCAGGAUGAGAAAGUUGUGAGGAGAGCUUUAGGAGAUUGGGUAUCCAUGGAUCUGUCUAACGUUUCCCUGAGGAGCACAGACUGUUGGGUGCUGCUGUACUGUCUUCAGUGCUGUUCACACAUCAGAGACCUGAACCUCAUGUACUGUGAUUUAACAGCCGAGAAACUCAAGAUUCUUCAGCCAGCACUCUGUAUGUGUAAGACUAUGAGGUUGUCAGUGGAGCACUUGUCAGAAGUUGAAGAUUUGAUCCAGAUUCUUGGUGAAUCGAAAAUCCUGAGAGAACUGAAAGUACAGGAGGAUGAGAGCAGUGCUAAGAGUCCUAGAUGGUCACUUAACUUGUCAAUCACUCGUGGAGAUGCCUUGUUAUCUUUGAGCUCCUCAGAGAAGAAUCCGUCAUUCCUAGCAGCCUUAAACAUCAGUAUUACAUGUCCACAGUCAGAGAUUUCCAGCUUUGACUGGUCACUCUUCUUACAGAGACUCAGCAAGGCAGCAAAAGUAGCAGAAGAUUCUUCAGCUCUACAUGAGCGUGUCAGUUUGCUACUGUCUUCAUUUCACUUUGUGGGUUUGAAGACGUUGGAUCUAAAGCUGGUCAGUCUGAAUGAAAGCUGGGCUUCUGGGAUAAUUUCCCUGGUCCAGACCUGCACCAAUCUACAGCAGCUCAGUGUCUGUGCUGAUUUGCUGUUAGAAGAGGGAGUCAUGCUGCUGAAGAAAUCACUGACAGAUCCACACUGCACUGUGAUCAUUGAAGGGAGGAAGUGCAGUAAACCCACUGACUAUUGCAAAGAACUGGACUGCAGUCACAGCUGUUAUGAAAAAGUUCAUUUCAAACCAAAAGUUUUGGAACAGCUGAAGAAGUUGAACAUAUCUGAGCCUGAACCCUCUGGACUGAAUCUUCAGCCGCUCCCAGUGUGUCAGUCUUGUGUUCACAUUGUUGACUCUGAUCAGUGGGUUCAGGUGGAGCCGUUAGCCUGUACAGAUGAAGGAGGGUCAGAGUUCAGGAUCAGCACCCCGGCGGGUCGAUUCGAGUGCAGCAGGACUAGAAUGCAAUGGGUCUGUGCUGGUGACGUCACUCUCCAGUACCGUGCAGUGGAUGGACGUUUCCUCAGUGAAGAGCUGGAGAGGCUUCAGUGUGAGCGAAUUGGUCCUGUGAUUGAUGUGACCGUGAUCUCAGGGAAACUGGAGGAGGCCCAUCUACCUCAUUACGCCUGUUUAGCAGAGUCAGACCCCUGUCUCAAAUAUGCUGUAAAAGUCCUCAGCGUCAAAGAUGAGGUAGUGAUCUUGAAAUCAGUGGAGCUGACUUGUUUUCAUGCCAAAAUACUCAAACCAUCCAUUUGGCCUACCACAGUUAUUAAAGAAAAAGGCAUCCCUGUUGAACAACAUUUAGAUCUUCUUAUCUUCAUGACAAACGAGGAUCCUCUUAUUCUCCAUGUCUACUUUCUUCCACUGUUUGAUACUUUUUCAAAGGAAAAAAUUAAGCAGGAAGAAACAGCAAAUAAUCCUCAUGCCCUUGAAAUUGAGCACCCUAGCCCUAGCAUGAAAAUUCAAAUGGACACACCACACGUUCUUAAAGUAUCCGGUGCCAGUGUACAUCCCGAAGAAGGGAUUACAUUUUUAAGCAGUAUUCACCCAGUCUUCUUCAAAAUCAAACGAGACAUAGAUGGGGACGUUCAGAUGACUCUCAUCAAACAGCAGCACGAAAUGUUUGUGUGGAAAACAAUCAUUUGGAAAGACAAACUUAAUCAGAAAAAAAAAGAAAUGAGAGAUUUAAUUGCCAGGUUUGGCAGGUUGUCCACAGAAAUGAGAAAGCACAUCCCUGAAGGACAGAAGCAGAAGCCACGGAAAGGUUGGAGUGACAUAAUUCUUCACUAUAAAGCAUCAGUCAUUGAUAAAUGUAAGUUUGUGAAAGAGUGUAAUCUUCCAUCUAAUGAACAUGUGGAGCUGGCAGGCCGUUAUACUGAACCAAUGAUCAUUCAGAAGAGCAAAGAGCAGAAUCAGAAAUACUAUCGUGAACAUGUGAGGUCUGCACAUGCUUCUGGAUUGAAUACAUCCUCUCAACUUUUAUCAAAUGACAAGAAUCACAGCAUCAGAAUAGACCAGCUGUUCAGUCCCAACAGUGAUGGAAAAACACCAAAAACUGUGAUUCUCAGUGGAGAUUCUGGAAGAGGAAAAUCCUUCAUGUUACAGAAGAUCAUGUUGGACUGGGCAUUUGGAAAACUUUACUACAAAAACUUUGAUGUAGUUUUCCUAUUGAAGUGUGAAGACCUGAAGUGUAUUUCUGAGGAGAUGAGCCUGAGUGAGCUCUUGAGCUGGAGUUGCAGUUUAAGAUCAGAUCAGAUCUCACAGAUACUGGAGUUAACACCAGAGAAAGUCCUCAUCCUCAUUGAUGGAAUUGAUGAGUAUGUAUUUCAUCCCCCCAGUCAUUCGAUGUUACUACUCACUAAUCCAUCCGAUAGAGCCCGACCUAUGGACAUUCUUAGGAGCAUCUUGAGGAAAUUAUUGCUCCCUGAGUCAUUCAUGCUUGUCACCACAAGAUCGAUAGCUGCUGAUACAGUGAUGAAUCUCCUCAAGGGUCCUCAGCGUUUCACUGAGAUUGUGGGCUUCUCUGAGAGAGGGGUGCAGGAGUACUUCCAGAAGUUCUUUCAGGAUGAGAAACUCUUCAGGAAAACAUAUGAGAGUGUGAAGAUAAAUGAAAGCCUCCUGACUGCCUGCUCUGUGCCUUUACUGUGUUGGAUGGUCUGUUUUUGUCUGAAGAAACACUUCACAGAUGAUGAUCGUGUGAUGAGAGAACUAAAGACAACCACCUCCAUAUAUGUGCACUUUGUGUCCACUCUACUGGAGCAUCAUGACCAGAGUCAGUCUGUCCUCACCAUGCUGAGGAGUCUGGGUCUGCUGGCAGAGGAAGGGAUGAAGAAGCGAGAAGGUCUUUUUGUACAGAAGAGUGUGACUGUGACUGGCUUAGAUCCAGCUACUAGUGUGUUCUUGUAUAAAGAUAGUUUGAAAAGAAUUAACAGACAGGUGCCAGUGUUCAAGUUUAUGCAUUUCAGCUUUCUGGAGUUUUUCACUGCUCUUUAUUAUGUUUUACUGGAUAAAGAACAGUCCUGGCGGAAAGUCAAAGAGCUGCUGAACUCACUGAAAAUGAAGGGUAUAAUCAAUAGGUCUUCUCCAGAAAGAAGAUCAAAUCCCAUCCCUUCAGUCAUGAUGUUUUUCUGUGGUCUCUUAAAUGAGGAGGUGAGCAGCUCACUCUUUGAAAUGAUCAAGUGGACUGUUCCUCAAAUCAUAAAACUGAAGAUAAACCUGCAGGAAAGUGUUCUCACAAUGAGAAGACAGCAUGGAUGUGAACUGUUUGCUCUGCGCUGUCUGUAUGAGCUCCAGGAUGAGGAAGUUGUGAGGAGAGCUUUAGGAGAUUGGCUGAAUCUGUAUAACGUUUCCCUGAGGAGCACAGACUGUUGGGUGCUGCUGUACUGUCUUCAGUGCUGUCCACACAUCAGAGACCUGAACCUCAUGUACUGUGAUUUAACAGCCGAGAAACUCAAGAUUCUUCAGCCAGCGCUUUGUAUGUGUGAGACUCUAAGGUUGUCUGUAAAGCACCUGUCAGAAGUUGGAGAUUUGAUCCAGAUUCUUGGUAAAUCUAAAUUCUUGAAAAAAAUGAGGGUUCAGGAAAGCGAGAACAGUGCUAAGAGUCCCAGAUGGUCACUUGAUCUGUCAGUCACUCAUGGAGAUGUUCUGUUGACUUUGAGCUCCUCAGAGAAGAACCCAUCAUUUCCAGCAGUCUUAAACAUCAGUCUUACAUGUCCACAAUCAGAGAUAUCCAGCACUGACUGGACACUCUUCUUACAGAGACUCAGCAAGGCAAGAAAAGUAGCAGAAGAUUCUUCAUCUCUUGAUGAGCAUGUCAGUUUGCUGCUGUCUUCAUUUCACACUGUGGGUUUGAAGACGUUGAAUCUGAAGCUGGUCAGUCUGAAUGAGAGCUGGGCUUCUGGGAUUAUUUUCCUCGCCCAGACCUGCACCAGUCUACAGGAGCUCAGUGUCAGUGUCACUGGAUUGCUUUUGGAGGAGGGGCUCAUGAUACUGAAGAAAUCACUGACGGAUCCACACUGCACUGUGAUCAUUGAAGGGAGGAAGUGCAGUAAAUCCACUAACCGCUGCAAAGAACAGGACUGGAGUCACAGCUGUAAUGAGAAAGUGGAGAUUCACUUCAGACCAAAGGUUUUGAAAAAGCUGGAAGAGCCGACCAUCUCUGACUCUGAACCGUCUGGACUGAAUCUUCAGCCGCUCCCAGUGUGUCAGUCUUGUGUUCACAUUGUUGACUCUGAUCAGUGGGUUCAGGUGGAGCCGUCAGUCUGUACAGAUGAAGGAGGGUCAGAGUUCAGGAUCAGCACCCCGGCGGGUCGAUUCGAGUGCAGCAGGACCAGAAUGCGAUGGGUCUGUGCUGGUGACGUCACUCUCCAGUACCGUGCAGUGGAUGGACGUUUCCUCAGAGCAGAGCUGGAGAGACUUCAGUGUGAGCGAAUUGGUCCUGUGAUUGAUGUGACAGUGAUCUCAGGGAAACUGGAGGAGGCUCAUCUGCCUCAUUACGCCUGUUUAGCAGAGUCUGACCCCUCUCUCAGAGAUGCUGUGAAGCUCCUCAGUGUUGAAGAUGAGGGAAUAUCCUUGGAAUCAGUGGAGCUGACUCGUUUUCAUGCCAAAAUACUCCAACCAUCUUUUUCUCCUAAAACGGUGCUUAUGAAACUAGGGAUACCAGUAAAAGUUCACUGUGAUCUACUGAUCUUCAUGACACAAAAGAACCCCAUCAUUCUCCAUGCGUAUUUUUUCCCAUCAGAUUCACUUUUUAAAGAAAAAAUUAAAACAGAGGAAAAACUGAGUCAUCCAAUCAAGUGUUCAAGACCUGAAACCCCACUGCGGAUGAAGAAACAACACAGUCUUGAGGUUCCUGGCGCUUCUGUCCAACCCGAAGCAAUCAAAUUAAGAGGAGACAUUGAGCCAAACUUCUUUCAGGUCAAACAUCCUGUGGUCGAUGACAUCAAUAUGUCUCUCAGCCGAGUGGAUGAUCAGAAAUCAGUUUGGACUGCAACGAUUUGGAAAGAAUUAAUCAACAUGCAUCCAAACAGGACUGAGACUUUGUUUCAAUCUGGACAAAACCAAAAUGCACCACGAUUGACUGUCAACUUUGAUAAAGUUCAGUUUUUUGAUAGAAAUUGGUGUGCUCUUAUUAAAAGUGUUGAGAAUGUGAAUAACAUCGCAGACAAACUGCUGCAGAAGCAAAUCAUUCAUGAAGAAUUAUAUUCUGAAAUCACACAUCCUAAUUCAACCAGUGAAGCCAGCAUGAGGAAGAUCUGCAGCACAGUGCGUAAAGGUAGUGACACUGUGAAAGAAAUGUUCAUCUCCAUUCUUCUGGAAGAAGAUCCCGACCUUUUAAAUCAUCUGCCUUUACCUGAAUCUUAACCUUUUUUGCUCUAUGAUUCUACAUUGUAUUUUACAUAAUUUGGGAAAUGAUGUAAACUACAAAAGACCAAUGCACUGGAGAGCUCGCCUUACUAUACUGCAGCUUUUGGAGAACAGUAUUUUAGCAAAUCAUAUUCACUGUUAAAGAACAUUCAAAUGCUCUGCUUGUCUUUAAAAAUGAAAGGGGAAAAACCGUUGCAAUAUAUUUUCCUGUCAGAUAAGAACACUGAAUAAUGUGAAUGCCAAAUAUUUCUGUACAGGUUCAUUUCAGUUGUGUUGUAAUGCUUGACGGUUCGUGACAUAUCCUUGGAAGAACUCUGCAUUUGCCAUUGUGACUUACCUAUGAUGAAUUUACGGCUGAGCGCAGACAUUUCACUCAUGUUGGAUGCAUCAACGUCACAUUUACAUAGGCCGUAUUAUUUGAAUUCGUGACUGGUAGAUGGAAUUAUAAAAUAACAAUUUCAAAAAAGCGUUUCUGUUCAGAACUAUAAAAUUUGAUUUCAUUUCUGUUUCUGGUUAUGUUCCUGUCAAAAUUUCUAUCGUUUCUGUUUUCGUUCCUUGAACUGGUUCAGAGCCCUGGUGCAGACAGACAAUAUUAAGAAAAGGGAAAAAAUGAUGUAAGAAUUAGGAAAAAUGGGAUUAACAGGAAUAAAGGAUUUAUUGGAAUGGGGUGAAUGAACAGGCAAAAGAACAGGACUGGUGAGGAGAAUAUGAUUUAAUGAACAUUACAGGGUAAACUAGUGGCCAUAGUGCAACACAUUUGGAUGCAAACUGCCAUUAAAUCCCAAAGAAGAAGAAGAACUCAGUAGAGAAAGAAACUGAAACUUAAGAGUUGUUGAGCUGUUAUAGGCAAUGUCUCUAUGUAAAAUGUGAACGGCAGAAGCAUUUAGGCUAUUUCUUGAAAUCCUGAUACCAUGACUGGAAAUAUCCGGUGACCACACUUUUUGCAUUGGAUGUCUUACUGGAACCUUCAUUUUAUUUAAGAAUAAAGUUGU